AGUAAAACUAAUAUUUCGAGACGAGAUUUUGGCCCAGGAUGAUUAUCGACUUUGUUGUGCGGGCGGGCGUCGUUUAUGCGCUGGUUGUGGCCACCAAACGGUACGGCAUUUGGGGGCCAGCGGAUGAAACGCAGGAGAUCUACAACAUAACCACGGAGAAGAUCGAACCGUAUGCCGAGCAGGCGCGUCGCAAGCUGAAAAUAUGUGCGCCACGGCCACCGCCCGAAGGCAGUUGGCGGUUCUCCGUUGUGCACUACUACAACCAGGUGGUGAUUGCCUUCUUCGAGGUCCUCAGCGCAGUGCCCUCGUUCAUGCAACACGGGCUGGAGGCGAUGCCCGGCAUGGUGGGCUCCCUCGUUGAGCGUGUGCGCAUGUCGUACAGCGACUUCAUGGCCAAUCGAACGAAGAACGAGAUAACAAUCUCCAAGAAACACAUCGAUGAGCUGCCGCUGGUGCAGCCGAUAAAGCCCGCACCCGAUUCAAAGUGCAAGUGUGGUCAGCGGACGGACCCGGGACUGGUGCCCAACGAUGGCACGCUGUCAACGUACUGCAACGACAAGGACUGCCCCAAGACGCAGGUGCCGUGCAAGGAGCGCUUCAAGGAUGAUUUCAUCUACAAGCCGCGUAUGCCCAAGAAGCCGAUUUGCGAUUGCCCCAAGUGCAAGAAGCGACAGGAGGAGGGCUGGGCAGACAAGAAGCGCAAGUGCCCGCAAGUACCGCCAGUCGAACAGCCGCCCAAUAACAAUCAUUCCGCUGCGAAGCCCAAGAAGAAGUGCAAAAUCUGUCCUGACCCGCCGCCAGAUGCUGGUGAUCAUCCGAGAGAGUGCGACUGACACUCAAAAUUCUACAGAAAAAAUGUCCAACCCAUUAGAAAUAUAAGCCUCAGGGCGAUGACAAACCUUUAA